AUGGUAGGACCAGUCGCUCCGCCUCGUCGACCAGUUGGUCGUCUCGGCACCCUCAACAAACCUGCUCCAGGCCGACCCAAACCAAAAGCAAAAGCCGUAGUGCAAGCAAAAUGCUGCGACGAACCGAGCAUCACAGACGAAGACGGCAGUAAAGUCUGUGUCAACUGCGGUACUCAAAUCAGCGAGUCGAAUAUCGUCGCCGAUGUCACUUUUGAAGAAGAUUCUCGAGGUGCCGCCACUGUCCAAGGAGGCUUCAUUUCUGAGCGGUCGCGCUUUGCGAAUACGCUUGGGACUGCUGGACGUCGAAUUGGAGCUGGAGAGAGGAAUGGGCUGCAGGAGAUCGAGAAUAAUGGCAGACGGGCGCUGGCCGCUCUCUGUCCACGUCUUGGCAUUCCGCAGAAUGUGGCGGACCAAGCUCAGGCUCUGAUCGCUGCGAGUGCGAGAUUGAAUUUUAGUGCUGGUCGCCGGACUGAUGAGGUCGUCGCUGCUUGCUUAUUUACUGCUUGUAAGCGUCAGGCUGGAAACAGUAUUCUACUCAUGGACAUCGCAGAGCUGGUCAAGAUCAAUGUCUUUCGUUUGGGUGAGGUGUACAAGGCUCUAUGUGACAAGUUGCAUUAUCAUCAGGAGCAUGUGGGCGUGCAACAUCAAGUUGAUAUCGAGCCGCUUAUUUGGAAGUACUGCCGCAAACUUGAGUUCGGUCCUGAGACGAGAGAUGUGGCGACGGACGCGGUCAGGAUCUUGAAGAGGAUGAAUCGAGAUUGGAUCACGACUGGACGACAUCCUGCUGGGUUGUGUGGAGCGUGUAUCAUCCUUGCCGCGAGGAUGAACAACUUCAAGAGAUCUGUGAGGGAAGUGGUUUUCGUGGCGAAAGUCUGCGAUGUGACUAUUGCAAAGCGAGUGGAGGAGUUCCGGCGUACGAGGGCUUCAGCGUUGACUGUGGAGCAGUUUAGAGAAUAUGGAACAAGGCUCAAGCAUGCUGAAGAUCCACCUAUUCUGCAUUACACUGAGCUGAGGAAGGACAAGGUCGAGGCGCAGAAGAGGAAGCGAGACGAGGAUCGAGCCAUUCGAGAAGCUAAUGGCAUGCCUGUGGCUGAGGGGCAGACUCCCGAGCGCGAGCUCAUCGUCAUUCCGGACGACGAGGACAGUGAGGCUGGCACACCUGUGCCUGAGAGCACAAAUGAGACGUCAGAAGCUGGACCAUCACGCAAGAAACAACGUACCACCGAGCCUGACACCAAUGAACAGGUCCCUCGUUAUGAUGCCGAUGGCUUCGCCAUACCAGCUCUGCCUGUCAGAACGCCAACGCCCGCCGCCGAAGAGGAGGAGGCUGCUACUGCUCCUCCUCCAAAGCGCCGUGGACGUCCUCGCAAGAAGAAGCCCGAGCCUGUAGAGAUAACACCGGAUGAGCUCUCGAUCGAGGAAGAACUGACCCACGAGAUUGAUGUUUCUCUUCACGAUGAGUACGUGAGGAAAAUGUACGACCUCGCCGAACAAGCGAAACUAGAGGACAAGGCGGAAGCAGAGGCAGCCAGGGUCCUCCCUCAAGCUGGAGAGACGGCGGAUCUCCAGCUGGAUAGAGAAGAAGUCUCAGAGAACGGUCGCCGUGCAUCGGAGGGAGUGUCGUGGGUCCCCCCAGAGGAUCCUGUGGCAGAUUAUAUGAGGCCCCUGACCGCCGAGGAAUUCGCCGACGAUCCUGAGGUUGAGAACUGCCUCCUGACUCCUGCCGAAUCGAAGAUCAAAGAACAGAUCUGGGUUGCCAACAACGAAGAUUGGCUCCGUGCUCAACACGAAAAGGACCUGAUCAAGAAACUCGCCGAAGCCUCUAAUGCCGACAAAGUCAAGAACGGCGGUAAACGUGGUGGCAAGAAGACUGGUCCGAAGAAGAAGCGAGGCAGAGUGGGUGAUGGCAGUGUGUUGGAGGAGGCUGACACGCCUAUCGAGACUCCAGCUGAUGCUACCAGUGCUAUGCUGAAGAAGAGGGCUGGCCCAGGGUUCUCGAAGUACAUUGACUACGAGAGCUUGGCGAGAGUCUACAAGAAGAGCGAUGGCAGUGAGUCUGUUGCGAGCCAGAGUCAGAGUCGGGAGAGCAGUGUGGCGGCUCCCGGAAGAGAAUCAAGCGCCACGCCAUCAGUUUAUGAAGGUGCUGAAAGAGACUCCGCUACCCCCGCCCCGCCUGCUAGGAGUGUACACUUCGGUCUACAAUCACCACAAACCACGCAAGCUGUGUCUGGAAUUGCACCUUCAGCUACACCCGCCGCUCGCACUGCCGGCCAGCGCAAAACCGAUCCGAUAUCACCACCACCUACACAAGCACCGGAUCAGGACCAAGAGCAAGCUGAUCCCGGCGCACCAGAAGAAGAAGAGUAUCAAGGUGAAUUAGGAGACGAGUUUGACGGGGAGGGAUAUCAGUCCGAUGGCGAUGGCGAUGGUGAUGCAGCUCCCGGUGGUUGGACGGGCGAUGCUGACGAUGGGGAGGAGUUUGCGGGCGAGGACGAUUACGGCGACUUUGAUCGUGCUAUUGAUCCUGAGAACUUCUACGAUGAUGGCGAGGAGGGAGGGGGAAUAUUUUAG